AGUUUCAGUUUUUAAAAAACUCCAUGGGGAUGGUAUCGAGGAAUGACAGCCAACACAGAAAAGUCAUCUGGGUGGGCUAACUUAUGUGAAUGCCGAAUUAAAUAAUGGUCCACACCGUUUCAAACAAGGUCUUAAGUUAUAAUGCAAUAUGUUUUGUAGAUGGGGAAAUAAACACGGCCACUUUGAGUCGAGAGAACGAUCAAUGGAGUUCAGUGUGUGGGUGUCGCCUUACGAAAAUGACACGUAACGGGGAGCGCACUGUCAGUAGUUGCAGGAGGCGAGGGAUAUGAACGCUUAAUGGAGCGUACCUUCUAUGUCAAGAAAUGACUGCUUAUUUAUUUUUUAUAGAGUUGGCUAGCGUUAAUUAACCUAUGUCGAAUACAAUACCGCUUUACAUAGCAAGCUGGUGUAACGUCAAACAACUGGACCUCUCAAAGUUAGCCAAACAAUCUGCAAUCCGCUUUUAUAGGAAGCGGUGCAGAUUCAGUUUGGAGAUGACCUUUCUACAGUAGCUGUCUUUUCCACAACCUAGUAACUUAUCCCUGUAUGGCGUGCCCUGUCCAGUUCCUUUGCCGGGGGCUUCGCACUGUUGGAUUAGUUCUCCUUUACUAUGUCUUCUCUAUAGGCAUCACCUUCUAUAACAAAUGGCUGAUGAAGGACUUCCACUAUCCCCUCUUCAUGACGUUAGUUCACCUCGCCAUCAACUUCUGUCUGUCCGCUCUAACACGAAGGGCCAUGCAGGGCUGGACAGGGAAACCCCGCGUCAUUCUGAGCUGGACAGAUUACAUCCGUAAAGUGGCUCCCACAGCCUUGGCAACAGCACUGGAUAUUGGACUUUCCAACUGGAGCUUCCUCUUCAUCACCAUUAGCUUGUACACCAUGACCAAGUCUUCAGCAGUGCUCUUCAUCCUCUUUUUCUCGUUGGUCUUUAAACUAGAGGAGCCGAACCCAUUCCUGAUCCUGGUGGUCCUGCUGAUCUCCAGUGGUCUGUUUAUGUUUACAUUUGAGUCAACCCAGUUCAACCUGGAGGGCUUCACCAUGGUGCUGCUGGCGUCCUUCCUAGGCGGGAUCCGCUGGACCCUCACUCAGGUCCUCAUGCAGAAAGCAGAGCUUGGCCUUCAGAACCCAAUAGACACUAUGUACCACCUACAACCUCUCAUGUUCCUUGGCCUCUUCCCCCUCUUCCUGUAUAAUGAAGGGCUAAGCCUCAGUACCUCAGAAAAGCUAUUCCGGGUGACUGAGCUGUCGCCUCUCUUGUAUUCAGUCUUCACACUGAGUAUAGGCGGCUCACUGGCCUUUGGUUUAGGCUUCUCAGAGUUCCUGCUCGUCUCCCGAACCUCCAGCCUCACGUUAUCCAUAUCGGGGAUCUUUAAGGAGGUGUGUACUCUGCUUUUGGCAGCAGCUCUGAUGGGAGACAAAAUGGGCAUGCUUAAUUGGCUGGGAUUUGCCAUUUGUCUGUGUGGCAUUUCAUUGCAUGUGGGACUGAAGACAUAUUAUUCCAAAAAUAAGGGACCAUCUUUAAGGAAGCUGAACAGUAAGAGCCCAGAGCUUGAGUUGCCAUUACUGCGGCAGAAGGAAGACGAAAGAGACGAUUGGCCUGCUGAAUACAAUGACGAAGAUGAGGAACAAGAAAUCCCUCUUCACUGACAUCACAGGAUACGGGCCACUGAAGUCUAGAUUAUCGUCAAACUACUGAUUCCUUUACAACGGUUCCAUUAGAUGGUUUGAACAGUGACGUCAAAGCUUUAGAGCGCCCAAAAUCUGUUAGGUUUGGGACACCCUGCCACAAAAAGAGAACCCGACGAGCCGGAUGGUUUGUUACACAGGACCAUCUGAGAUGCCGUUAUUGAAAACUGUUAAACUGUGGAAAAGGACUGGCACGUUCAAACAAUACCUGGCAGGUGAUUGGAUGAGCCAUCUGUCUAACGCGUCCGCCAUUGUUGUUUUGAACGAACCGUCGCACACACGUAAACCACGGCCGUAGCUGUCAGUAGCGGGCGCUGAUUGGUGCGGUUCACAGCUGUUCGGACCCAAACGCUUUUACUUGAAGCCUGACAAGAUGGAUUUUUGUCUGAUACGUGAUCCUGCGAUUUUCGCAUGAUCUUGUGAUAUGGCGAGAAUCCAGCUUGCCGUGCAAGGGAAACAAAAAGAGGGAGUAGCCUCUUCAGCUUUUUUCUUCCACCGAUCAUGUCUUCAGGCCACAGCCUCAUUAUGUAGCUGUACAUUAACUGUGGACUUGACACAAGUUAUGAUCGUUUGCCUUCGGGAAGCUUAAAAAAUGUAGCUAAUACAUCUAAGUGUCAACAAAGUAUGAUGUAUGAUGAGAGAGAGGGUGUGAAAGGGAUACUUUGACAUUGUAAUGGGUAAUUUUUCUUUGCUAGAUACUUGUCAAACAGUGGGAAUAUCUUCCUACUUUGUAUACCUAUAUACAGUACAGUACAUAUGCAUUAUGUUAAUUGGCACUGGUGACUACAGAAUAAGCUGUUAGGAUUCUAAAGGACAAAUGUAGAAACUGUUAAAUAAGCUUACAAGAGUGGUUUAGAAAAAAAUUACUAUAAUUGAAAGUGUCCUGGUAUCCCUGUAAUGCAGAGUGGGAUGAGUGGUAACCCAAUUUCAGAUUACAUAAUUUCUUUCUCUUAAGAAUGUAGCCUGACAUCCUUAAGUUUUUUUUUUUUUUAAACUGGAUUAAUAGUAGAUUUGUCAUUUAGUUACUCAGUUUCCCUUUUUUGCAGAUGGCUUUACUGCGCUUCUUUUGUAAGCUAAAUUUACAAAGCUAACAAUACAAUUUAAUACAGAUAGAUCAAUGAGGUCUGUCAGGCAGCGUUUUCUAUCAACAUUAUUAUACAUUUUUCUUAAUUAAUUGAAUAAUUGUUUGGUAUAAAAAAAUUUAAAUUGACUUCAGUUUGCAUGUUUUGACCAACCAGCAGUCUAAAACCCAAAGAUAUUCAGGUACUAUCACAUAAGACAAAGAAUGUAGCAAACCCUCACAUUCAAGAAGCAAAUAAAAAAAAAAGGCCUUUCUGCUUAAGAAAUCACUUAAAUCAUAAAUCGAUUAUCAAAUCAGUUGCCGAUUAAUUUUAAAGUCCAAAGUGUUAAUUAGUGCCAGGUUUGGUGCCAGAAAGGCUCUUUGAGCAUCAUGAUAUGGUGUAUGUCUUGAUAUUUGGACAAUUAAAAUUCAAGUAAUGAGGUACAAGGUUGGAGACUAUUGAAUCUAAAUGUAACGUUCUCCAGCCAUUCUUGUCAUUAUUUGAAGAGAUGUGUAAUGGCUGUACCUUAAUGUGCCUUGUUAAUGUCACAGCAGUCAAGAAGACUACUUUUGAAGAGCUAUUUUUCAAAAUCUAAAAUUUAAUCUGUGAUUAUUUAGCUGUACUUGAGAUUAAAAGAAGUACACUUUUUUUGACAGUGUUUCUGUAAAACGCAGCAUUGUGGCAAUACGUUAAGAAAUAAAGUGAAAGUGAAAAAGA